GCAUCACUUUACAACCCACAGCAUUUCAUGUUUUCCCUCAAGAUUUCCCUCCUCCUUGCCCUGGUUACAAUAACAUGGCACAUUUCCGUCACAGAGUGUGCUGAUCUAAAUCUCAGUGGGGAGGUUGGUGGAAAUGUGACCAUACGCUGCCCUUUCGACAAAGAUAGGAAAAUAUCUUUUUUCUACUUCCAAAAGGGCCACAUGUUUGUGAAUGGCUACUAUGGAGAAAGAAAGAUGGACCAAAAACAAGUCCCGAAAUGGAAUAACACCAGACUUGAUAGAGACAAUAAUACUGUGUACAUGUACAAUUUGACUGUCGCACAUAGCGGUGAUUAUCAGUGCCACAUCAAGUACAGUGAAAGCGAUUUGAUCAAUGAAACAAAAAUACACCUCAGUGUCACAGCAAACUACAGUAAACCUGAAGUCAAACAGUACUGUAGUAGUAAAAACCAGGUAUUUGGUUGCCUGGUGACGUGUGCUUCACAUGGUGGCUACCCUGACCAGGAAAUAGUUUGGAAUGUAGACGGGGCUCAGAUGUGGAAUGUUGUGAACAUCAGUAAAACGAAAGAUCCCCACACCAGGAUGUUCAGCGUCUACAGCUCGGCAUACUACAACUGCUCCAAUGGACCGCUGGAGGCCCUCAGCUGCUCCGUGGGUGCCAUAACCUCAGAGAUGUUCUCAAUAUGUAAACCCAAGGAUCCAUCUGAAGGUGGCUGGCCCUAUAUUACAGAAGUAGCAGCCAUCUUGGCAGUAGUGUUCUUAAUGGUGAUGUUGCUGGUGUGGUGGAAAUGCAGGAAAAGACAGAGAGGAGCAGCAGCAGCAGCACCAGGAGAUGUGAGGGAGAGAGUAGCCUUAAAUGCAACACAAGGAGAGGAAGGAGCUUCUUGUUGAAGAGGAUUAUUCAAGUUGUAUUUGGAUAAUCUACUCACAUGGUUGUUCUAGAAACUAGAACUAAUACUGUAUGUCCCUCAAGUGUAUAAUACAUUUGUGACUGACUGACUUCAUACAUAUCAGAAAUGGCCCUGGCCAGAUGGAGUCAGACUAAGGACCGGAAGCUGUCAACAUUUCUCUGACACUUGUGACUUGUUUGAGGAAGUAUUCUACAUUAGUAUCAUGUUACUGGUGAAGUACAGCGUGUUGAUCUACUGAGAAUAGCUAACUUCUUUAAAAAAAAUGAACUUUUCCAGUGUUCCAGUGGUUAGUGCGGACAUUGUUAUUGCCUAUACUGCAAAACAGUCUCAAUGGAAAACAAUUUCCUCCAGUGAAGACAAAGUCUGAUGAAAUAUAUGUUUUCGUUUUGUUUUAUUGUUGACACUGACCUUUGUGGGGAGAAAUGGGAUCUGUUACACUUGCUACAAGUUUCAGUUUUGGACUGAGUUUUGUCAUUUUAAAAUACAGUAUACUGUUGUUAUUGCACUUUAGAAUUCCCCUUAAAUAGGCAUAUUGCCCCUUCUACAACAUCCUGUUUUCUUUAGUGUUUGGCUUUGUAAUAUAUUGUAUUUAAGACACAUAAUAGAACAGUCAGUACUAGUUUGAAAGUGAUCAAAAGUCACUGUAGUUGCCUCAUUGGUGCCCAGGGUUUUACUCUUUAAUUAGUUUUGUCUAUCAGAAAUUAUCUGUAGCAGAAGCUGUGAAAAAUAUUGAAUCCUAUUUGCACAUAAAUUGGUUCACUGAAGUCUUCCACAAUAGGUUCCAGUAUUCCAAGAUUCCCCUGUAAGGUGCAAUAUUAAAUACAAGGGAAAAGGGGGUUUCUUUUUUGGUUAAAUUGCCGUUACCCCCAUGAUUCAAAUUUUGGUAGUCAAUUUUUUACUCAGGUGACUGUUCUCAUGUGAAAUAUCCAUGUUGUGUGUUUUGCAAAUAUUGUUUUGCUACGUAUUUAUUUCAUAUUAUUUUAUGUUUUUCUUUCUCAAUAUGAAACUGUAAACCGUUUAACCUGUUUACAAUAUUUUCUGGAUAACAAAACCUUCAUUAUUCCUCAUUCUUUAGAAUUAACAAUCUCAAAGGGCUGCUUUCAUUUCCUAAAUUUGUACAAAACACUCUUCUCAUAUGACUUUGUCUUGUUUGUUUGUCAUUUCACAUAACCCUGUAUGUCUAUUUUUUCUUUGGGACCAAACUAUGUUAUCAAUUAAACUUGUGUAAUUUAAUUCUUAUCGUUCACUCACUUCACUAUAUGUCAGAAUAUUGCUAUUUGAACUGCUGUAGGAGAUUGCA